GGAGAAAAAAAACUGUAAAGUCACACACAGGCAAACGACGGCGAGAAAAGCGCGAAGGAAAAAGCCGAGAGGGAGGCGAAACAGAAAAGCCAGAUGAAAAAGCUGGGUAUUGAAGUGGGAGACAGUCAAAGACCAAAGAAUACGUUUUAAAUCAUGCCACUCCACAAAUCAUCUCGAGCACCUCGCCUAGACCCUACCAUGAUCUCAGCGCCUUUAGGUGACUUUCGCCACACCAUGCACAUUGGCAGAGGCGGGGAUACCUUUGGGGACACCUCCUUCCUUUCCUCCUUAGGACCAAACUCUUCUGUUUCUGAGGAGGGAGAUUCAGAGGUCAUCCCAGCUGCAGAUUCUGAGGUGGCAAUCAACCACAGUGAUCUUUAUGCAGAUGCACCAGGAAGUCCACAGAACAAUCAGCUUCAGCACUCCGAAUCAGUGUCUUCAUUCACCCUGGACCUGGAUUUGGACUUGGGCCCGUCUAUGCUUGGGGAUGUGUUAGGGGUGAUGGAUGGUCUGGCGUUUGACUCCAAUGAGGAAGAUGUGUUCAGUCCCCAAAGUGGUACCUCCAUAGUGGAAACAAAACAAGUCAAAGGGGGUAUUGAGAUGUCUGUGAACAUUCAAAAUGAGCUGAAUGGGAAGAACUUGGAUGGAAACCAGGUGGAAGGCAGUAGGAUAUCAGAUGGGAAUGGAAUCAAGCCCAAGGGGUUACGACCAAAAGUGAGAUUCAGUGACAAGCGAGAGGAGAUCAUUCGCCAGGUAUCUGAAGAGGAAGAGAGUCAAGCCUUUGACUUCCAGGAAGAGAAUCAGCUGGCAUGUCACAGUCCAACUAGAGGUGAGAGCGAGGGGGGAAAGAGCCCAGUAGGUGAAAUCGAGUUCACCAACCACAAAGCAGAUUUGCCUCCCAGUCCUGCUUCAUCACAUAGUUCAGAGUAUGAAGGAGUCACUCCAUUGGACAGGAGAAGGGUUGACAGUGUCCACUCAGAGACUGAUUCAGAGGAGGAGGAUGGGGAAGCAGGACGGGGCUACACAUUUGAAGAUGAGUUUGAUGAUGAAAUCGGUUUAUAGGGGACUUUUUUUCCAUAUUAAAAUACAUCCUUGCUGUCAGGUAAAUAUACUAUAUUCUGUAUACUUUACUCAUCUUACUAUAACCAGACUAGGAGUCUUAAAUAGAAUAUAUGUGAACACAAACUGGACCUUAAAAAAAUAGGGGAGAUUGGACAGUUAAGAUGAUGUUGCUCAACUGGAAAACAAAUUUUGAGUUUUGUCUACAUUGGUAACAGACUUGCAAAAAACUAAACAGAAAAAUAUUGUCAUUUGGGUUUAACAGUGAAGAAUUCUAGCACUUUGAUUCACUUCAUUCAGCUGUAAGGUUUACUGACAGAAUGAAGCUCUGGAAAGUUUGAUCGGGCUAAAUGAACGAGGAUUGCAUUGUUAAUUUUCUACUAUGUCUUAUACGUGACACAGUUAGUGCUGUGUUUAAAACUUUGUCCUAUAAUGCCUUAAAGGGAGCUGCAUGUUUAUAGUACCCCAUGCUAUAUCAGUGCCUUAUUAGUAAUUUCCUGCAUUGUGUGUUUAGAACAGCCUCCAUGUCUUGUUUCAUACAUCUGAAAAGCUUUACAAAGAGUCCUCAGAGACAGUGUUGAUAAUUAAUUACUGUGAAUUUGUCACAUUCCAAAUCUGGCAAUGUGGGGCUUUCUAGUUCAAACCAAACCACAUCUGAGUUUUUUUUUUUUUGUUGUCUUUUUGUUUUGCAUGUCUAACUUACCAAAGAUAUCCUUUGUGCUGUGGGGUUGGAUUUAUACUAGAAGGCAAAGACAAUCAUGGGAUUUAAAGGUCAAUUAUAAAUCAGGGUUUGCAGUGUAUUUUUGUACAUGCUUUUUACUUAAAAUACUUCGUUUCAAAAUGCUGUAAAAGGGAGAUAUCUUUCCACUCAUCUUUUUUGAAAUGCUGGUUUAGACACAUUUGUCAUCCUGUAGUUUAAAAAGGAUCACAGUAAAUACAAUAAAGUAAAUAAUGGAAUUUGA